AUCCGUAUUCCGCAUUCCGGAUUCCGUAUUCCGGAUUCCUAUUCCGUAUUCCGGAUUCCUAUUCCGUAUUCCGUAUUCCGUAUCCUGUAUUCCGUAUUCCGCAUUCCGUAUUCCGUAUUCCGUAUCCUGUAUUCCGUAUUCCGCAUUCCGUAUUCCGUAUUCCGUAUUCCGUAUUCCGUAUUCCCUAUUCCGUAUUCCGUAUUCCGUAUCCCGUAUUCCCUAUUCCGUAUUCCGUACUCUGUAUUCCGUAUUCCGUAUUCCGUAUUCCGUAUUCCGUAUUCCCUAUUCCGUAUUCCGCAUUCCGGAUUCCGUAUUCCGCAUUCCGGAUUCCGUAUUCCGGAUUCCUAUUCCGUAUUCCGUAUUCCGUAUCCUGUAUUCCGUAUUCCGUAUUCCGUAUCCUGUAUUCCGCAUUCCGUAUUCCGUAUUCCGUAUUCCGUAUUCCGUAUUCCGUAUUCCGUAUUCCGUAUUCCGUAUUCCGUAUUCCGUAUUCCGUAUUCCAUAUUCCGUAUUCCGCAUUCCGGAUUCCGUAUUCCGCAUUCCGGAUUCCGUAUUCCGGAUUCCUAUUCCGUAUUCCGUAUUCCGUAUCCUGUAUUCCGUAUUCCGUAUUCCGUAUCCUGUAUUCCGCAUUCCGGAUUCCGUAUUCCGGAUUCCUAUUCCGUAUUCCGUAUUCCGUAUUCCGUAUUCCGUAUUCCGUAUUCCGUAUUCCGUAUUCCGUAUUCCGUAUUCCGUAUUCCGUAUUCCGUAUUCCGUAUUCCGUAUUCCGUAUUCCGUAUUCCGUAUUCCGUAUUCCGUAUUCCGUAUUCCGUAUUCCGUAUUCCGUAUUCCGUAUUCCGUAUUCCGUAUUCCGUAUUCCGUAUUCCGUAUUCCGUAUUCCGUAUUGAAAUGAUUCCUAGAGAGUAG